AUGUUAAAGUUUUAUUGUUUUUUCAGCAUAGCCAUUACCUUAGGAGCAAUUUACAACUCUUUUAAUGUUCAUAAACAAGUUUAUCCAUCAGUGUUAUAUUUGAGCACAAAUAAAAUAAAUAGAACAAUAUUAGUAAAUUUUGCUAUUAUGAUUGUUUCCACAUUGAUAAUGAUAUUUUUAAAAAUAAUGUUUGGAGAAUUAAAGGAAAUAGAAAAAAUUGUAUUAGUUUAUAUAUAAUAUAUAAUAGGCUGUUAUAGAUAAAACAAAGAGGAAAAUAUUAGAAGUAGCUUAUUUAUUAUUCUUUUUUUAUUAAUCAUUAGAUUGGUAAUUCAUAUGUAAAAAAAUAAAAUAAAUAUUCUAGUUUUAAUGCUUUGGUUAAUAGCAUUAUCAAUAAUUCAUUGGAUAUCUAUAAAGAGAGCUGGGUUUUUGAUUGCAGAAUCUUAAAUAAAAUUUAGUGACAAUAUAAAAUUAUUAGUAACAUUUAUUGUACUAUUUUAUAUUGAUAUAAAAGUAAUAAAUUAAAAAUAUUUUAGUUAGAUAAGUCUCUAUUUUUUUUAUGGAACAGAAGAGAAAUUUUAAAAUAUGUUAUUUGGUUUUGAAUUUAUGCUUUUGCCAAUUAGAAUUGCUUUACCAUUUAUAAAAUAUGUAAUCAAUUUAUUUGAAAUUUAAACUCUUUCAUAAUUUGAUUCUAAACAAAUUAUAUUUUCUGGAUUAGAAGUAUUAUCAACAAUUUUGAAAUUAUGGGUUUAAAUUAUGUUAUUUUAAUAUGUUUUGAAUACAUAAGGAUUUUUAUUGAUUUUAUUUGUUGAUACUUUUGAAAAUGCAUUUGCUAUGCUUAAAAAAUUAAAAGCAUUUUAUAAUUAGGUUAAACUAGUUAGAAUGAUAGAAAAGAUUUAAGAUGUAGAAAAAAUAGAAUCUCAUGAUUCAACAUGUUUAAUUUGUCUUAAUGAAUUAGAAAAUGGUAAAUAAUUAUCAUGUGGACAUAUUUAUCAUAAAAGUUGUUUAAAAACAUGGAUUUCAGGUAAUUCAAAUCAAUUUUGUCCUAAAUGCAAAUAGGCAAUCAAAUUAGAUGAUACUACUAAAGUAUCUUUAACUGAUAAUUAAACUUAAAAAUUGAAAAAAUAAAUAUUAUUAUAAGAAUUAAGGGAAAUUAAAAGCAAUAUAUAACUUUUACAGAUUUUAAAUUAAUGUCGAAAUAUUUAAAAUAAUGUAUAGAAUACAUAAGGUAUUGGAAGUGUUUAGUAUUCAUUACCAUGUGAAGCUUUACAAUAUUCUUCUGGAGUAACUGAAAUAAAAAGACUCUAAAUUAAUUAUAUGAAUAAAAUUAUGAGAGGUAUAGAGAAAGGUAUCAUUGAAAAUCAUUUAUUACCAAAAUGA